AUCACAAAUAAGGUCUAAAAUUCUUCACCGGAGGCUAUUGGUUCUAUGUAACAUGUGUAUGUACAACGGGGUCAGGGCAUAUGUUUGGAAAUUUGACGUCAGAAGAAGCAAACAAAGCGACGACGCCCACUCCUUGACUGCUGAGUCGACGCUCUUCGUCACUCCAGCAAGAUCACCAAGAUCAUAUCAUAUCACACACCACACCCACACCCACACCUUCACGGUAUCAUUCUUAUUCUUCCCCUCACGCGCGUCUCUAUAUCUACCAUCGAAGUGGAGAAUUAAUUUAAGCGCCUUCAUUAAUCUAUGAUCGAUCGAUCGAUGCAUAUUCCACCGUUAUUCAUCGUCUUGCAGCUAGUAUGGCUGCUUGUGCCGGCAUCAUCCUCUUCCUCCGACUCCAUCGAUCCAUCGGUGCUCGGGAUGGACGCCCCCAGCUGCAAUUUCGACUUCCCCUUCGGCGCCCCCGGCUUCUCCCAAUACCGAAAGGGCUUCGAGGUGUCCUGCGACCCCAGCCUUACCGGGAGCCCCUCGUGGCUCCAAGUCGGCUCGAAGCAGCUGCAGAUAAUGAACAUCUCGAUAGCCGAGGGCUACGUGCGCACCAGAAUCACCGCCUCCACAUGGCAGUGCUCUCGCCAGGAUGUGGCGGGAGCAAACAUCAGCCUGGAGGGCACCCCAUUCACGUUCUCCCCCACGCGGAACAAGCUGACCGUCAUCAGUUGCGACACCUUCGUCAGCUUUGAGGNUGCGAUUCAGCAUGAUUCAGCUGCAUUAUUCGGAGUUUCAUCUAUGGAGAUAAGAGUAGCUUUUCAUGUUAUGAUACAGUCAAUGCUCAUCAGGAACAAAUAUAUUAAUUCCUUUACAAUGUUUUCUGUGAUCUAG